AUGAAGUACAUUGUGGUAUCUGGAGGUGAGUCUAACGGCGGUCAGAAAUGGCUCUGUCUCCAAAGCUCUACCCCGUGGAGAAAAGCGGGGCAGUCUCCAUAUCUCACGUUGGGCGUUUCAAGGUACCAGAAUAAGGAACUGACUUCGCUAGGCGUCAUCUCUGGCGCGGGGAAGGGCAUAGUCGCUUCGAGCGCAGGCCUGCUGCUGCAAAGCAAAGGAUUUAUCGUCACCACCAUCAAGAUAGACCCCUAUAUCAACAUCGAUUCAGGGACUAUGAGCCCACUCCAUCAUGGAGAGAUCUAUGUGACGGAUGAUGGGGGUGAAAUGAAUCUUGACCUCGGCAACUUCGAGCGUUACCUUUCAACCACUCUCCAGCGUGAUCAUAGCAUCACGACUGGGAAGAUCUAUCAGGACAUCAUCUCUAGAGAACGCGCCGGUGAUUUUUUAGGCAGAACUGUUCAAGUGGUGCCUCAUCUCACCAACGCCAUCCAGGAGUACAUCGAACGGACAGCAAAAAUACCCGUGGACGAGUCCCACGCCGAGCCGGAUGUGUGCAUUAUUGAGCUAGGCGGUACCGUGGGUGAUAUCGAAAGUGCGCCCUUCAUUUAUGCUCUUGCUCAGCUUCGAAAGAGAGUGGGCAAAGAAAAUCUCGUUCAAAUUCACGUUGCUUUUGUCCCUAUAGUGCCGCCGGGAGCUUCUGGUGAGCAAAAGACGAAGCCGACUCAAAGAUCCGUUUCUGACGUUCGGAGCGCUGGAUUAAAUCCACUUCUAGUUGCAUGUCGCUGUGAGGUGCCAUUGGAUCCAAGCACUAUCCACAAAAUCGCCAAUAUGUGCUCAAUGGAACCAGAACAGGUCAUUUCCGUGCACGAUGGUCCAACCACAUAUCAUGUACCCCUCAUCCUCGAGAAACAGAAUCUUCUCGGCCUCCUCUGCGAACACCUCAAACUGCCACCUGAUCAAACACCUGCCCGUACAGAACAAGACAAGUGCAUGUGGCAUGACUGGGUUCAUCUUGUUCGAAGCCAAGACACUAUCACCGAAACAGUCUUAAUUGCCCUUGUGGGUAAAUACACCUCCAAUAAAGAUGCCUACCUCAGUGUUUCCAAGUCCAUCGAACACGCAGCUAUGUACUGUCAGAAGAAAGUCAAAAUUAUCUGGAUUGACGCCACACAUCUCGAGGAUGAGACCUAUCAGAACUCUGCAGUCAAGUAUCACAAAGCCUGGUAUGACCUUUGCAGUGUCAAGGGCAUUAUUGUCCCUGGUGGUUUUGGUAGCCGCGCCACCGGCGGGAUGAUCAAAGCAAUCACAUGGGCAAGGGUUAACAAUAAGCCAUUCCUAGGCAUCUGCCUUGGUAUGCAACUCGCAGUGAUUGAAUAUGCCCGCCAUGUCAUGGGCAUCUCAGAUGCAGGGAGCCAAGAGCUCCAUCCAGAAUCCAAGAAACAUGUGAUCAUCCACAUGCCUGAACCAAAUUCGGAGAAUGGCCCUAUGCGUCUAGGUAAGCAUCCAUGCAUCUUCAAGGAGGGUACCGAGUGGUCAAAGUUGCGAAAGUUAUAUGGCCCCACGGUUUCCCAGAUUGAGGAACGCCACCGAAACCAAUACGAAAUCAACCCGGAAAUGGUUAAGGAACUUGACAAGGCCGGUCUUGCUGUUGUUGGCCAAGAUACUACCGGCAAACGUAUCGAGAUACUUGAGAUUCGUGAUACAGGUCAUCCGUUUUAUGUUGGUGUGCAAUUCCACCCUGAAUACUUGAGCCGUGUGUUGCGGCCGAGCAAGGUCUUUCUCGGCUUCUUUGCUGCUGCUGCUAAAUGCCUAGAGAAGAUACCUAUGGCACUGCAACAGGGCCAGCGAAGCCUGAUGGAAGAACAUAAAGAAGCUUUCGGCAAGCUUUAA